ACACCGGCCGUCCAGGCCCCAGGCUCAGGUUCAGGCCCGGCCGUGCUGGGAGUGGGAGGAGUCCGUCAGCUUGACGCAUCCGUGUUACAACCUGCCUUGACAUGCCCGACGCCUUGCUGUGCUGUAGAGGCAAGCCAGCUAGUAGAUUGAGUGAUUGAUCGAUUGAUUACCUCGAACCUCAAGGAUGCCAACUUUUGGCGGGCCACUUGCUAGGUCACUUGCCAGAGUCUGUUGACAUCUCCGUUGUGUAUAUAGAGCCUCCUCGUCAACAUGGCCAGCCCAGGAUGGCCUACCCUGUCAGCCCUACCUCGACUUGAUACCUCUACCUAUUCACUUCACAAUGGCUCUCAGCCACAUGAAGAUGGUCGCGAGGUCCGAUCCGCCCAAGAAGCCAAGCCGUUGCCUCGUAAGCCUAGUAGUUUCCUCUCGUCUGCCGGGAACUCCCCCGCCGUGUCGGUGACCAAGCGGGAUGGCGCAGACACGCCAGAGUUAUUUAGGUCUGUUGCCGAUGCCCUUGGCGUCGAUACAAACGAGCUACCCCAGCCAUUCUACGGUGUACCCUGGGGCCGCGACGACGACGACGAUGAUGACGACGACGUUGCGAUUGACGGCGAUGAGAGAGCAGCCGCCGCUGCUACGAACGGCGGUGUUCACGAGACCUCUCCGACCUUUAUACGGCGUCAGCCAAGCGCCGCUCUUCCCCAUCGCCCUCGCAAUGACUCUGCUGCAACCGCCAUUUCACCUUUUUCACAGCCAUAUCCUACGACCACGUAUGCGCAUGAAUCUACCACCGUCGAAAACGCUAGGCCUGCGGACAGCCUCCCAGGCAGGAUCUCUGUCGAACCAUACAACGAUACCGACGGCCUAGGUCAGUUACGCGAAGAAUCUUUGUGGAAACUGACGGCAGCCAAGGAUACCAUAUCAGGGCGCGACUCGCGUGCUGCGUCCUCUAGGUCUAGCGAUGAGAGCAACAGUAAGGCCUUCAUCGGACGAGAGAGCAUGACACCGCUGAAUCCUUUUCCAAAUUCGGGCCGUCCUAGACUAUCAUCGACUAUCAGCCCACUAGAACCUACCUCACCAGUUACCAGUAUCAAGAGCCCGGGUCGCCAAGGAUCAGUGUACAGCAACCCUCCAGCCAUACCUCCUAAGGCUUCGCGCAGGCUACGUAAUGAUGUGGAACAGACUUUGUUAUCGGAUGGCAAUGUGUCGAGGGCUAUUGUGAUAAAGCCGAGAGCUGGGCUCUUCGAGGGACAUAUCGUCGCCCUGUUAACCUUGUCAGAGGGCGGUCCCGGAGGCUCAGAUCAUAGCACCAACGAUAACGACGAGAUCAAGCUACAAAAUGCGUACUACACUAGAAAUCUACCCUCGAUUCGGAGGGCUGUGGAAUCACAGGUUGCCCCCGAAUAUGUUCCGACUGUGUGGAUUCCUUUGGAGAAGAUGCCGCUGGAUGGCGAGGGCCAAAUUCAUCGCAGAAAACUCCAGACUUGGAUACAGAACGCUAAUGAUGAUCUGUACCGACGCAUCAUGUCCAUCGAAUCUAAAGGGACAUUGAGGAAGCCGUCGACAACGUGGGAACGGCGGCUUUCUAGGGCUGUGAGCAAGGUACUCCGCGUCGAGCAAGACGAUAUAGGGAUGAACCUGUCUUUUACUAACCUCGGGGGAGAUUCCCACGCGGCCGAGGAGCUUGCUAUGCGCUUUCAGUCGCAAGGCAUUUCAAUCCAAGCUCGGGAUGUGAUGAGAGCCUCGAGCCUGACCGAACUUGCGACGCUUGCGAGGCAGCCUGAGGAAGCACACUCGGAGGAGCCCGAAGAACUCGUAACCGACAUGUUCGACCUGUCCCCUAUGCAGCAUCUCUAUUUUCAGACGCGCAUGGGGAGGGACACGGCGCGACGGAAAUCGAGCGAUGGCGAUUAUCGGUUCAACCAGAGCAUCUUACUGCGGGUCAAGCAGAGCAUUGGCGUCGAGGACUUGCGAGCCGCCAUCGAGGCUGCAGUAGGUCAUCAUAAGAUGCUGCGCACUCGUUUUCACUUUGCCAAUGGGUCCUGGUGGCAGUCGGUCGACCCGUCCAUAUCCACGUCGUUCCAGUUUGCCCACCAUCUCAUAGAGACCAACGCCGAGCUCGAGUCUGUUGCUACCGCGGCUCAGUAUGCCAUUAACAUCGAGAAUGGCCCCGUCUUUGCAGCUCACCACUUCCACACCAACGACGGUUAUCAAUUACUCUACUUGGUCGCCCACCAUCUUGUUGUUGAUCUCAAAUCGUGGCAGGUCAUCGCCAAUGACUUCGAGAGGUUGCUCACCGACGGCCAUCUGCUUUCGAGACAUUCUCUCACAUUCAAAGAGUGGACUUUGCAUCAGAAGCACUGUGUUCAAACAUCAACUGAUAUCAUCGGGCUGCCGUUUGAGCUUCCAGCACGCAAUUGGGAGUACUGGGGCGUUAAAGAUACCCUCAACACAUACGGAAGUACGGUCGCUUUUGGAUUCACGCUAGAAUCUGAGGUGACGUCCAUUCUGGAGGCAGCGAACAAGGAACUUAAGACCGACUCUUGCGACAUCUUCAUGUCAGCUCUCCUCCUCUCAUUUGCGCAGACGUUCCGAGAUCGGACUGCACCUAUUCUUUGGAACCAAGAACACGAACGAAUUGCCCUAGAUCCCAGCCGGGACAUUUCUGCUACCGUGGGUUGGUUCACUUACUUGUUUCCUCUCGUUGUCGGCGUGUCGCCGACAGACGAUGUCUUCUCCAUUUCGAGCCGCAUCAAAGAUGCACGCCGAGCCGCUGCAAAGACCAGUCUGUCGCACUUCACGGCUAAUCUCAUAGAUGCCCCAUCGGCAGAGUCAUUCGCUUUUUCCCACUGCCCUCUCGAGCUCAUAUUCACGUAUGCUGGCACACUGGGGCAUCUGAAAAGCACAAAUGCCGUUUUCGAGGAGCUCGAUAUGCCUGGAAAGACGAUAGGUUCUGAUACCGCCGAUGUUGGCCAGUCGGUUGGCCGGAUUGCCAUUUUCGAAGUAUCCGUUUGGAUGGAAGAGGGCCAGGCAAAGCUCAAAUUUUUACACCAUCGGGACUCGAAGCAUCGAGAGCAGAUACAGACAUGGAUUCGCAACUACGAAAGAGUUCUACGCCAGUCAAUUGCCAGGCUUAAAGACUAUGCCCCUGGGCUUUCCAUGUCAGACGUCCCCUAUUUGGGUGUCACGCCCGAAGGAUUAAACCAACUCAACCGAGACAUACUCCCUCGGCUGAAUGUAAAUACUAACAACGUCGAAGACGUCUUUCCUGCCACCGGUUGCCAGCAAUGCGUCUUGGUACACCAGACACUCCUACCAGGUAGCUCGCUCGCUCAAGUAACGUACGAAUUGAAUACUGUCGGAAAUCCUCUCGAUACGUCCCGUAUCUGUAGUGCCUGGUACCGAGUUACGCAGCAGCACCCUGCUAUGCGAACCCUGUUCUCGCCUAGUGUUCUCAAGGAGGGUCUCUACGACCAGAUCAUACUGCGGAACCAUUCUCCCAAUAUGCUGUUCAUCGAGAGCGGCGAGAUCGAGAGUCCCAUGGCAGCCAUUGGAAAUGUACCGCCUUUGCAGUUCAAAGAAGGUAUUCCGUGGCAUCGGCUUAUCGUUUGCCAAUCUGUUGGUAAGGCUUACCUCAAGCUGGAGAUAAGCCAGGCUCUCUGCGACCUUACCAGCGCCACUAUUCUCUUCGGUGAGCUUGAGCAAGUGUACUUUGAGGGGCAGGAACCUACUCCAAACGAGCUCUCGUUCCCCGAAUAUUUCCAACGCUUGAAGCCAACAGCAACGAGCAUCCAGUUUUGGAAGGAGAAGCUGUUCGGUGCUCAGCCCUGUCACUUUCCCUGUCUCAGAUCUGAAGGAAGUGCCACAGUUGAAUGGCAAACCACCCCCAUUCACCUACAGAUCCCUUUCCAGCGGCUGCAUGAUUUUGCCCGCUUUUAUAAAGUCGAUAAGUCGACAAUCCUAAGAGUCGCAUGGGGCAUUUUACUACGAACGUUCCUUGGCCUGCAAGAUGUGUGUUUUGGAUACCGUUCCUCGGGCCGGGAUCUGCCUGUCACAGGGCUUGAGAACGCUGUCGGGCCUUUCUCGAGAGUUCUAGUCUGCCGAACGCGUGCGCUUGCUAACCAAACGAUUGUCCAACUCCUUCGAGAUGCCCAAGUCGAGCACCAGAAAGCCGUACACCAUCAACAUCUACCGAUGAGCUUGAUCGAACAUGAACUCGGCACCAGGGGCAGACGACUAUUCAACACCUACGUGUCAUUCGGCUAUGAGGAUAUUAUUUCAGGCCAGGGUCCGCCAAUGAACAGGUUCAAUCACAAUAGCACCACGCAAGCUUCCGAAUACGACGUCAACGUAGAUUUCAGCUGUCGAGACGGUAACUUGACCGUCGUGCUGGGUCACCGCAUCUUGGCCCCCCAUCAGGCCGUCAGCAUUGGCCAUGUUCUCGGUAAAGCUGUUGAAACUAUCCUGGAGAGCCCCAGUGCGACCGUUAAGGAGUCAGAUUUGUUCACUGUUCAUGAUCACAAUCAGAUACUGGCGUGGAAUAGUAUGCCCCAAAUCGACGUGCAGAACCAACAUCUCGCCACACUUAUCACCGCGCAAGCACACAGAAACACCGACAUCCAAGCCGUGUUCAGUUGGGAUGGUACAUUGACCUAUGCCGAGCUUUGCAAACUGGCUCGGGGUCUUGCUCACUACAUGUUAAACCUUGGCGUGAGACCUCAAAUGCCGCUGCCCGUUGUUGUCGACAAGAGCCGGUGGGCCAUAGUCGCCAUGUUGGCCGUAUUGAUGGUGGGUGGCAUCCUUAUCCCUAUUGACGCUGAGGCUACCGACAUGUUUCCCUGGAUCGUCCAAGUUAUUCACCGUGGCUUCAUCCUUGCCUCGGAUAGUGUCAGAGGCUACUUCGAAAGCUCAGGCUGUCCCACCAUCGCCGUCAAUGAGCAGACUAUUCUUUCACCCUAUGCGCAGACAGUAGAACUGCCGAGUCCCAUACCGACGCAACCGCACGACAUAGCAUGUAUCCUCCUGACGCUCACGAGCCCCAAGAAUUGCAAGGCUGUAUCCUACAGUCACGGUGCCCUAGCCACUGCCUGUGCUGGUCAAGGUCCCACGCUCCGAAUUAACCCUUCAAGUCGAGUGAUGCAACUCUCAUCCUACAGUGUCGAUGUCUCGUUGGCUGAGAUUUUCACUACCCUCGUGAACGGCGGCUGUGUCUGUAUACCAUCAUCCUUUGAAAAGAAUCCCGGCUUCACAGCAGCCGCCCAGCGUAUGAGAGUCAACUGGACUUAUCUCACACCGCCUCUCUCGAGGAAGGUCGACCCGAACAUGUUACCGGACAUGGCCGUGGUCUGCUUCCGCGCAACUCAUCUUGAUACCGAAGUAUACUCGAGGUGGGCAGGGAAAGCCAAAGUGGUUCUCGUCUAUGGUUCGGCGGAAGCCUGCCCGCUCGGCCUUUCAGCAACAGAGAUGACGGGUUCUCCUGUGACACCUGGCUUCGGUAAUCCCUUCUGUGGAAACUUUUGGAUCGUGAGUCCAGAGGAUCACAACCGGCUCAUGCCAGUUGGCGCCGUCGGAGAGCUCGUAAUUGGAGGAUCCACCUUGGCUAUGUCCAGCUCUCUUGACAUGGUGAAUCUGGAUUUCGACAUACUGGUAAGGAAAAGCACCACUCGAGCCCAGUCGCUGCUCGAGCAAUCAGGUAGUCGUCUUCUCAAAACGGGCCGCCUCGUACGUUACCGUGAAAAGGGAGAGAUCGAGUUUGUACUACCCGAGGGCGAGAAGGGCGAUGUCAAGGGGAAAUCCUUCCGCGUGUCGGAGAUGGAGUCGCAGAUUCGCCGGUGUAUUGGCGAAGGUGUGGACGUCGUAAUUGAAACAGUCGCUUUUAAGGAUACGACUUCAACGCCUGUCCUUACAGUCUUCGUCGAACUUGGCGACCAGUUUCUCGAAGGAACAGAGGAUCUCACGAAUUUGGGCGAUGCAACGCGGCAGAGACUAUUUUAUUACAAGCAAACAGUCAACUCAGCUCUUCGUAAUAGUAUCCCGCUUCCGUUAGCUUAUGUUCCUGUUCGAAGAUUACCUUUGACGCCCUCGUUGAGGGUUAAUAGGCGAGGGCUCCAAAGGCUGAUCGCAGGUCUGUCGCGGCCACAGCUGUUAGCUCUAGCCGAGGUCGAGCAUAUGCGCGACAUGCAACCCGCCGACUUCCAGCCUCCGCCUCUAACACAAGCAGAACAGCAGAUGCGGAUACUUUGGGCCAGGGUCCUCGGAAUCGAGGAUCAAGCAUCCAUAACGACUAAUGACGGGUUCAUGACGUUAGGUGGGGACAUUGUCAUGGGUCACAGCCUUGUUGUCAUGUGCCGUCAGAGAGGAAUAGACAUAUCUAUAACGGAUAUCCUCAGUAAUCGUACCCUGUCUGAGCUAUGUAAAGGACUCGCUACCUUUCAAGUGCCUACAGCCAACGUCAAGCCGGAACAAGGCGAACAUGGCGCAUCGGACGGCUCAGCGGACGGGCCUAAACUCGGCUCAGACAGGAGCGUCAUUGAGGAUGUGGCUGAGGCAUCCUCGCUUCAGACCAUGUUUGUCGAGUCUGCCAUGCUGCAAGCACGGGGCAACGUAUCCUACUUUAUGCUCAGUGCCACGGGCUACUUGAGCUGGCAUAAGCUGGAAAAUGCAUGCUUCAUGCUGACCAAAGCCCAUCCGAUCUUGCGAACCGCUUUCGUGUCCCAUAGUCGCCAGGUCUACCAGACAGUUCUUCGGUCGUACCGACCCGAGUUUCUCCGGUAUCAAUGCCAGAAUUGGCGCUUGAAUAAUCUCGCCGUGAAACUUAUUAAGCGAGAUCAACCACUUCCCAUCGACUUUCGCCGUCCCGUAACCAAGUUCUCAUUCCUCGAUGCCGGCAGGAGCUCCAUUCUCGUCAUGCGGCUGUCCCGCGCCCAAUACGACGAUCUGUCCAUUCCUAUCCUAGUGCGCGACCUUGGCCGUUUCUACCGACAGACCGGGCCCGUUACUCCGAGCACCGGCUUCUGCGAAGUCAUCAGAGCGGUGCGUUCCACAUACGCCAGUGGCGCCACGGAGUAUUGGCGCUCCCUUCUUGAGGGCGCAUCGAUAACACAGGUCGUCUCGCAGCCCUCGCUACCCGUCGCUAACUCGAGCCCAAAGACUCUUCAGCAAAAGAUACCGAUUGGUUCUUUGCAGAAUCAUGGCAUACCUUUCGAAUCCGUCCUGAGAGGCGCAUGGUCCAUUGUCCUGUCGAACUUAUCCGGUACCGACGAUGUCGUGUUUGGUCAUAUGGUCGAGGGCAGGCAUCUAAGUCUUGCCAAUGGCCAAACUAUCUCAAGCGUAGUAGGACCCAAGGGUAACGUCAUCCCCGUGCGAACACGAAUACCUGAUUUCCCCAUCGCUCCCCUCGAGUAUUUCAAGAACAUACAGAGUCAAUAUGUCGCCAGUGUUCCUUACGAAAACCUCCAGACGGCCGAUGUCAUUCAGAACUGCACCGCCUGGCCGUCUUGGACCCGUUUCAGCACCGUUGUCCAUCAUCAGAGACAGUCGGAGCGAUAUAAACUUCUCAAUUUCACCAUCGGCGAGGCUACUUGUUCGCUCGAUAUGAUGGGCCUAAGCCACGAGGACUCUGAUGUUUUCGUGCAGACCAUGAUGGCCGGGUCAAAGCAGGUCGAGGUAUCCGUCACGUUCUGUGAGAAGAAGAUCCAGUCGUUUUUCGCCGAGGAAGUCUUGAGGAUGCUCUGCUCUACCAUCACCGUCCUUACCACGACCGAUUUUCUGUUAGAUCCAAGGAUGCUCAAGGGCCUCAAUGAUAGUUACACGACGCCGCGCAUUCCGCUGCCAGCGCCCAAGCGCGAGAGCAGCGUCCUAUCCCCUGUGCUCGCAGUCGACCCGGACCACGCCCGAGCGGCUCACAGCAUCAUCGCAGCCGCUUGGGACGUCGUGCUAGGCGCUCAGAGCCUACAAGUAGCCGACAUUCGCUCGGUCCCCUUCUACGAGAUCUGGGGUGCUCACAUGCCGGCGGCUGAACUAGCUCGCUACUACACGCAAAAGGUGCCACGAUUCCCGGGCCUCGAACAGAAAGUGUACACGACAGAGGAGAUCAUCGACCACCCGACGAUGAUGCAACAGUACGAACUGAUCAUCGCGAAGCAGCAGGAGACGCUACGGCGUGGUCCUAGUUUUCUACGGCGCAAACCGUCGCGCACGCCAUCGACAUGGAGCAGGAACUUCCGGAAACUGACGGUAGGCACGGCGACGGGGGGCAACGAUGCCGCUGUGAACAGUCUCUCGGCGCCUCCAAGACUCCAUCCGCACCGCGGCCUAAAUCCGCAUGGCAACAAUUCCCUGGAGUCGUUAUCGACGCUUGGUAGCGGCAUGGACGACCGCGAAGGCAUAUCCACGCCGCCGACGUCCGCUGACGGAGCUCACAGAAAGAUGCUGUUCUAAGCUUUCAAAGUGCUACUACUACGAAUGAGAAGUGAUCAACGAACAGCGUUCUUUAAUUCAUAAAUCACCCCCUUUAUUUUCACGAUACUGUUAUGAUAUUAUUAUACACUUAGAUACAAUGACUCACGAGCACGGAUUACCCUAGCAAACCAUGAUUGAUGGUAGGCAAUUAUAGAAGCCUGGGCGAAGAAAAGGGAUUUAAAAAUUGUAUCUGGAUUUAGGGACAACGAGGGGUAGGAAUGUUUUGAUUCGAAGUUGGGGGUCUUUUCUUCUACGGAACCGAAUCGUCAUCCCAUGAUUUUUCUUGUUAAAAAGGAAAAAUUGCAGUGUCAUAUAUGUCAGAGAUAAAUACUAGCCAGCCAUCAGCUUCUGUGCCUUAUCUUUUUCCCUCUUAAUUUUUUUUCCUUUUUGGUUCCCUGUCCUCUCUGUCCCCCUCGCUCACGUUUUCCGGAAUCAGAGUCUUCCAUCUUUCCUUCCGUCAUUUACACUUUUUUGAUACCCCGUGACUUUGCCUCAUUUGAAAUAGAGACGGAAUGACAAACGGA